AUGAGAGGCAGUAUUUACAUAGGAGGGUCAUGGCCACCAUUGGAAACUACGUUGACAAACUGGAAAAGCUCAUAAUGGACAACAUGGACAAUGAAGUAAAUGCAUUUGAACUACAACAGCAGGCUCUUGCAGAAUGUGCAGACAAGCAUCAAAGCGAAUUUCUAGAAAUGGAAACACAGUUGAAUUGUCUAAAAGAAAGAAUGUUAUUGUCAAAGAAAGCCAUUGAAGCAGAUAUCAGUCAAAUGCAAAGGAAAGUCAAUGCUGAUUUACAUACAGCAGUGCAUCAGAAGGAAACUUUACCACAGAGCAUUAUUGAACUACAGACCGUGAUUAGAACAUGUGAAGACCAUGUCAGUGACAAGCAGAUGAACAGUCUAUUGUCGUCUGGUUCUGAGAACCGACAUGAAAAAUCAUUUGUGAAGCCCUCACUGAGGGCUGUGUUUCCACUAGCUGCACCUUAA